AUGAUUGACUUUACUGGUAAAGUGAUUGCCAUCACAGGCGGCGCCUCCGGCAUCGGGCGCUCAACCGCCAAACUGCUUGCGUCCCUCGGUGCCAAAGUGUCCAUUGGCGAUAUCCAACAGCAAGCUCUGGAGGAAGUAGCCAGAGAGAUCAAAGACGCCGGCUACGGUGAUGCUUUCGUGCAGACAGUCGAUGUCCGUCAAGCCAGUUCCGUUGACAGCUGGAUCCAAGAGACGGUCAAAUGGGGCGGAAAGCUGGAUGGCGCUGCAAACCUGGCUGGCGUUAUUGGAAAGUCGAUCGGCUUGAAGGGGGCAAACACCGACACCGAAGAGUGGGAUUGGGUCAUGGACAUCAACCUCAAGGGCGUCAUGCAGUGUAUGCGGGCAGAACUCCAAGUCAUGGCUGACAAUGGCGCCGUCGUCAAUGCAGCAAGUAUCGCCGGCAUCAUGGGAUUCCAGAACAACGCCGCCUACACUGCCAGCAAGCACGGAGUCAUUGGGCUGACACGCGCCGCUGCGAAGGAAGUUGGACAGGACCGGAACAUCCGAGUCAACUGCAUUGCCCCGUACGACAGCCUGACCCUUAUUGAUAGAGUUACUGACGUGAUCAGAGGCGCGAUCGAAACGCCGAUGCUAUCCCUCUCCGCCGACAUCAACGGUAAUAAGAACGUCAAGACGGACACGGCGUUGGCACGGCCAGGGAGGCCGGAGGAGGUGGCCAACUUGAUUGUUUUCCUUCUGAGUGAUGCGUCUUCAUUUAUUACCGGUGCUACCCAUUCUAUUGACGGAGGGUGGGCGUGUUAG